CCACUGUGGUCAAUCUGCGUACACUUUCGUCUUCAGUCUUCGUCUUUUACCUACCGUCUUUGUCUCCACCCGGAAUACGUGGAGAAAAUGCGGCUUCUACUCGCCUUAUGGGCCUGCUUUGCUUUGCUGGCAGUCGUUUUCGCUUGGGAGAAAGAAGAUCAUGAAAUUUUUGACCUCGUCAGCAGCAUUCAGGCAUCCGAAGGAAAGGAUGUAACGUUCUAUAGCUGGCUCGAUGUGCCCUCCACUGCAACCACCGCUGAAAUUGCCAAGGCAUAUCGCAAGAAAAGCAUGGUGCUCCAGCAAGUCAUUCCCGACAAAAAUCCAAACGACAAAACCAUACAAGAACGUUUUGCACGUCUUGGUGUCGUGGCGGCCAUUCUCAGAAACAAGGAAAGCAGAGAAAGAUAUGACUUUUUCUAUAAGAACGGUGUUCCUGUGUGGCGCGGGACGGGCUACUACUAUUCACGUUUCCGACCUGGCCUCGGGUCCGUUUUUGUCUUCCUCAUUCUCGCCACCUCUGGAUUCCAAUACGCCGCGCAACAUGUCAAUUAUCGACGGGAUCUUAGUAGGAUUGAAGACAUCGUUAACAACGCGAGGCAAGCUGCUUGGGGUCCGCGCAUGGUUCCCAUAGAUGGAAAACGAAAGGUCAAAGUCAAUCUUGGCGGUGGAUUUGAGUCGCAGGAGCGAUGGCUUGACAUGGUGGUGGAUGCAAGCAACGUCUACAUCUUGGACCCUUCCGGAGAUCUCGAGUUGCUCGAUGCGUCCACUGCCCCCAAACCGGCUUUUACCAACACAUGGUUCUUUGCGCUUGUUCGCGCCCUGUUGUCUUCGGCUAUUGGUCGCUUUUCACAACCAAAAGAAACAGAGCAGUCUCACUCCGAUGAUGAUGACACGGCAUCUGAGGCACCUGGCAGUGGUACCGUCACCCCCAAAGAGGGACAGCCCGCGGCUGGCAGACGCAAAAGACCGGCAAAGCGGCGGUGA